CGGUGUCCGUGGAGGGGGCGCUGCUGCUCGAGGCCGGGAGGGACUUUGCCCUGAAGCCGGUGGUCGCUGAGUCCUAUGGACAAGGUGCGGGGGCCUCUUACUGGGCAGUGGCGUGGUGCAGAGGGGCUCGGGGCUGUCUUCACGGGGUCUGCGGGGGUCUCGCAGCUGCCACUCAGGUCUCAACCACACGGCCGGGUGGCGUGUCCCGCUUGGUAUCCUCCUUGCCUCCGGAAGGAUGUCCGCUCCGGGAUGUGACCUGCCCCAAGCGGCGGCAUCCUUCUUUGGGGCCAGCUGUGUCCCAGGGGCGGGGGGCACAGGAUUCCGGGCCACACUGUGCGCGCUAUGCAAGGGGUCCGGCGCAGGGGGCACAUCUUGCCAGGAGGGGCCCGAAGAGCCCUACUUUGGGGAACUGGGCGCACUCAGGUGCCUGGUGGAGCAUGCAGGUGAGGUGGCCUUCCUCAAGCACAGCACCGUCCUAAAUGCCUUGCAAGGGCCAGAUCCAGUUCCUGAGUGGGCGCAGGGCAUUCGGACGUCGGACUUGGAGCUGCUCUGCCUCGAUGGGAGCCGGGCGCCCAUUGAGGACUGGCAGCGUUGCCACUGGGCUCGCGUCCCUGCCCACACUGUGGUCACUCGGCCCGAAGUGGACGCGGGGCUGGUGGCGGGGCUCCUGCUGCGGGGGCAGCAAAUCUUUGGCGGGGGACCCUCCUCCUCGUCCCCCUCGGUCUUCCAGAUGUUCUCCUCGGAGCCAUUUGGGGGGCAGGACCUGCUCUUCCGUGACUCCACCGUGGAGCUGGUGCCCAUCCACACCGCCCAGCAGAGCUACCAGGCCUGGGGGGGAGAGGCCUUCCUCCGGGCCAUCACUGCCCAGGAAUGUGGACCUCAUGGCUUGCCGGAGUCCCUUCGGUGGUGCGUGGUGUCCCUGGCGGAGGUGCAUAAGUGCAGUGCUAUGGCGUCCGCCUUCAAGCAGAGAGGUCUCCGGCCAGGCCUCCAGUGCGUCUCGGCCGAGUCCCGCGGGCAGUGCGUGGAGCAGAUCCAGAGAAGGGCCCUGGACGCCGUGACACUGCUGGCAGAGGAGGUGUACACAGCCGGGCGGGUCCACGGCUUGGUUCCGGCCGCAGGAGAAGCCUACGCAGAGGAGGAUUCCAGCAGCAGCUACUACGCGGUGGCCGUGGUGCGGAGGGCGAGCGGUGGGAGCGGGGCGUUCACCGUCCACGAGCUCCAGGGCAAGAGGUCCUGCCACACGGGCUUCGGGCGCCGGGCCGGGUGGGUCCUCCCGGUGGGGCUCCUCCUUGCCAAGGGACUCCUCCAGCCGCGCGGGUGCAGCGCCCUCCAGGCCGUGAGCACUUUCUUCUCCGCCAGCUGCAUCCCCACAGAUGACCUGGAGGGCUACCCACCCAACCUGUGCCAAGCUUGUGCCGGAGACCAAGAAGGGCGCCACAAGUGCGAGGCCAACAGCCAGGAGCGCUACUACGGCUAUGGGGGGGCCUUCAGGUGCCUGGCCGAGGGCAGUGGGGACGUAGCCUUUGUGAAGCACUCCUCGGUCUUUGAGAACACUGACGGUCGCAACUCCGCUCCCUGGGCCACCCGCCUGCGCUCGGCCGACUUCCAGCUCCUGUGUCCCAACGGGGCGCGUGCCGAGGUGGGCCAGUUUGCCGGGUGCCACUGGGGCCGAGUACCACCACGGGCCAUCAUGGUCCACCCAGAGACCAGUGCUGUGGCCCUCUUCGGACUCCUGGACAGAGCGCAGGACUUCUUUGGGGUCCACAACGAGAGCAACAGCAACAGCAGUGACAGGUUCCAGAUGUUCAAUUCCUCCGCCUUCGGAGGGCAAGACCUGAUCUUCAAGGAUGCCACCAAGGCCAUCGUCCCCGUGGGGGAGAGGACCACGGCCGAGGCCUGGCUGGGGCAGCCCUUCCUGGAGGCCAUGGAGGGCUGGGAGGCCUUCCCCGCUUCCUCCUCUCCGCAGUGCUCGGGAGCAGCGGCCGGCACCCCGGACCUCCUUCCUCUGCUGCUCCUGCUGCCAAGCCUGGCUUUCGCUCAAUGGCUCUGUGUGUGACCUUGGGGCCAGGAGGCAACCCAAUGGCACGGACUGGCCGGCUGGCGAGGGAGGCUGGCCUUCCUUCCUG